AUGGAUGCUAAGAAAAUGAACUUCACGGUGACUGAAUUUGUGUUCCUGGGGCUCUCAUCUGAGCCCAACACGCAGCUCAUGCUUUUCAUUAUGUUCUUGCUCUUCUAUUUGCUAACAGUGGCUGGGAACAUCAUCAUCAUCACUAUUAUUCAGAUAGAACCUCACCUCCAAACCCCAAUGUACUUUUUCCUCACCAAUUUGUCCUUUUUGGACAUUUGCUACACUUCCACCAAUGUUCCACAGAUGUUGUCCAACAUGGUGGGGAAAAAGAAGACCAUCCCCUUUUCCAGCUGUGCUAUUCAAAUGUACUUUUCCCUCUCAUUUGGAAUGAUUGAAUGUGUUUUGCUUGGUGUCAUGGCUUAUGACAGGUAUGUUGCCAUUUGUCACCCUCUUCAUUAUACUGUUAUCAUGGACCGAAAUACCUGUAUCCAACUGGCAGGUGUUUCUUGGUGUAGUAGCUUCCUGAGUUCCAUGGUAAUCAACGUCCUUGCCUUGAGUUUGCCCUACUGUGGACCCAAUGUCCUGAAUCAUUUUUUCUGUGAAGUACCUUCUGUUCUGAGACUGGCUUGCACAGACACCUCGUUCACUGAGUUGGUGGUUUUUGUCUUCAGCAUCAUCAUCGUCUUCAUCCCUUUCCUCCUCAUUGUUGUCUCAUACAUGCGUAUUCUCCUGUCCGUUCUCAGAAUGCAGUCAGCCUCUGGCAGGUACAAAGCUCUGUCCACCUGUGCCUCCCAUCUAACAGUGGUGGCCUUAUUCUAUGGAACUGCCAUCUUCAUGUACAUGCGACCCCAGUCCAAGUCCUCCCGGGCAGGGGGUAAAGUCAUUGCGGUGUUCUACACUGUAGUCACGCCCAUGCUCAAUCCUUUGAUCUAUAGCCUGAGGAAUCAAGAUGUGAAAGGAGCAUUGAGGAGAGCUAUUGUGAAACGGUCCACUUGA